ACUCCGUAACAUGCCUGCAGUCGACCGCAGAGAACUGAACAGAUACAUAUAUCAGACUCAGGACUGUUAGUGCUGCUGUGAGACACAUAUAUACAUAUAUAUACAUAUAUAUCAGGAUAUGAGGAGCUGGAUGGAACUGUGGGAUUGUUGUUUUUUGUUGGGUCGUUUUCACAAAAGCCAGACUUGCCUUCCUGCUGCCUCUUUAACAAGCUGCCACAAGUGACGGGACAGGAGCCAUCAUGCAGCAGCUUGCCUGGACUUCCUAUCUGUGCUUUUUAGCCACAGUUUUUGCCAUAAGCCUUGUGGAUAUUAACACUGAUGCAGCUAACUGGGUUCCUACAGUAGGAGAGUCUUAUAAACUCUCACCCAGCUCUAAUAUUACAUGGGGACAGUUUUUAUCUGAAGCAUCUGAGGACCAGGGACAUCUACCACGAAGGAAACGUAAUGUUCUUCUGUCUAGUGGAGUGAGACUCUGCACUCGGGAGACUAUUCAGCAAGCCAUAACUAACCAUCUCAAAUAUUACCAGCUCAGAGUCUGUCAGGAGACAGUAUGGGAAGCGUUCAAGAUUUUCUGGGACCGGCUUCCCAAGCAGGAGGAAUAUCGGCACUGGAUGAGCCAAUGCCAGGCUGGCACAAUCAGUGCACGAGAAGUUGGCACAGCAUUCAGCCAAUCAGAGGAGCAUCUUGCCCUUAUUCAUAAAAAGCUUCAGACUGGACAGAAAAUUGAAACGUCUAAGCCCCCUGUGUGCAGGUCUCAGUCUGGAACUACAACUAAAGAGCUGGAGAGAACCACUUCAGGUGCUCCAAUCACGGAUAUUCCUACAGAGGUUAUUUCAGACAUUACCGGGACUGUGGCGCCUACGACCCUGGCUGAAGUCGUCUCAGAAUCAAUAGUGGAAAUUACUGCUGAAGCUCCAGAACCUACUGAAGCUACAGAAGCUCCAUCUGACGUCACAUUGACAGAAGAAGAUAAUGAGAUCAAUAAUGAGAUUGAGCUGGAGGCGGCUGCUGUACCGGGGAGUCCUCUGUUAGAGCAGCGAGUGGAGCUCAGCGCUCUGCUGACUGGAGAACAGUGGAGCGAAGAGCUUUUAGAUCCAACCAGCAACCAGUAUCACACACUCACUGAACAGUUUACCCAAAAGAUUUCAGCUGCACUGCAGAAGCUGACUGAACUGAAGAGUGUAACUGUGCUGGAGUUCAGGCCUCAGGUUCAUGAUUCAGGUAAUGAGGCGGUACUGGUCCGGUAUGCGGUGACUCUACAGACAGGUGGGCAGGAGGUCAGCACCAAGACCCUGGAUUUCAUCAAUCUGCAGUCCAACAUGGUUGAGGGAAGCUUCAGUGACUCAGAGAAACCCACUGUUGUGUACUCCGUCACUGACCUGCGCGCCUACAUCAAUAACACACUGUUUGGGGAAACUUCUGCUGAGAAAGACCAGCAGGCAGAGGGACAACCCCAACAGCCUGGGAUAAUUGAUGAAAUCCUCAUAACAGAAAGACCUGAAUUGCCUGCUGAAGAAGCUGGAGAUGAUCUUACAAAAGACAGCUUUCUAUUGGACACCAGCACAUCACAGGGAGAGGUUGUGGGACUAAAUCAGGACGUUAUCUUGGAGGAGAAAACUACACCACCAGCUUUUGCUGAGCAGCCGAGUACUGGUGCCUCAGAAGGUGAUAUGAUGGUUCAGGAGGAGCUGCUGUUGAAUGGUGCUGUGGAAACUCAGCCCAGUGUGAUUUCUACCACAGGUUCCAUCCCAGAGCCAGAUAUACCUGACUCUGAACUUACUUCUGGCUCCGGAGCAGGAGAGGAUGAUGGGAAAUCAGGCCAUGAUACUGAGAAUCUAAAGGUUUUGACUGAGGUUUCAGAUGGAGAUUAUGAGAUCUCCACCAUCAGCACCAUCACAGAGUAUAUAGACGAGGAUAUAACAUCAUCUGCGUCGAGCACAGAGAUAGAAGAUACCCAUGUGCCUACAGAGCCGUCUGAGACAGUGGAAGAAACUCCAUCACCAGACCAAAAAGAUGAGAUCUUGACCACAGUAGAAAUACAAGAGUUGCAAGAUAUUCCCACUGAAGUUCCUGUGGUGGCAGAGAUUGAGGUCGAGGAAGCAACAGAAGACCCUUUUAUAACAGAGGAAGACAACGUUACAACACCACCAGUGACGGAAACCGAAGAGAAAAAUACAGAAAACAUUGGAGAAAAGGAAGAUCUUGACCUCUCCACAGUGAUGGGAGAAGAUAGCGAUGAGCUUCCUGCAGAUAUAGAUACUUCAGCUGUAGAGAUCACAAAGGAGGAUCUCUCUAAAGACGAGAUACUUCUCGCCACCACAGAAACCCUCAGACCCUCAGUUCCUUCCACACCUCGAUCACCAGAGGAAGAGUCACCCUUCACCAUCAUUACCACAGAAAUCACCACAGAAGAGUCCGAGCCCACCGAACCCUUUAACAUCAUCAUACCUGAGCAAGUCCUUCCUGAUAUAAUCAUCAGAACUGAAGAGGGCAGUGGGGUCACUACUGUUCACCAGGGCAGUGACCAAGCCAAUUUUGCGAUGCCGACCAACCCUGGCCGUGCCCUGAUGGUGUUCUUCAGUCUGAGGGUGACCAACAUGAUCUUCUCCGAUGAUCUGUUCAAUAAGAGUUCUCCUGAGUACAAGGCCCUGGAGCAGAGGUUUCUGGAGCUGCUUGUUCCGUACCUGCAGUCGAACCUCAGUAACUUUGAGAAAAUGGAGAUCCUGAACUUCAGGAACGGCAGUAUUGUGGUGAACAGCCGGAUGAGGUUCGGGAAGCCGGUGCCUCGUGGAGUUACCACGGUGGUCUACCUGAUCUUAGAGGACUUCUGCAACACGGCUUACCAGACCAUGAACCUCGCCAUAGACAAAUACUCACUGGAUGUGGAGUCAGGUGAUCAGGCUGACCCGUGUAAAUUCCAGGCGUGUAACGAGUACGCUGAAUGUACGGUGAACCGCUGGUCCGGGGAGGCGGAGUGUGUGUGUAAUGCUGGAUACUUCAGUGUGGACGGGCUGCCCUGCCAGAGCAUCUGCGAGGUCCAGCCAGAUUUCUGUAUGAAUGAUGGUAAAUGUGAUAUCAUUCCAGGACAGGGAGCGAUCUGCAGGUGUCGUGUUGGGGAGAACUGGUGGUACAGAGGGGAACACUGUGAGGAGUAUGUGUCAGAGCCGCUGGUGGUGGGCAUUGCUAUAGCAUCAGUGGCUGGAUUCCUUAUGGUCGCUUCAGGCGUCAUCUUCUUCUUAGCCCGGGCCCUGAGGGACCAGUACGAUAAAGAGGAGACAGAGGACCCAAUCAGGAGAGGAGAUAGUCUUCCCUCUCUGGAGAGAGCCACCAAAUAUAAUCCCAUGUAUGAGAGUGACGUGACGACAGGCUAUAACCAUUACUACCAGCGCUACCCUGAGCCCCCGAUCCACAGCAGCGCGAGUGCCGAGGCUUCUACAGACUUCAGCAGUGAGGAGAUACGACACAUCUACGAGAACAGUGAACUCACGAAGGAGGAGAUUCAGGACAGAAUUCGCAUCAUUGAGCUCUACGCUAAAGAUCGACAGUUUGCUGACUUUGUAAGACAACAUCAGGCAGCACUAGACAUUCAGAGAGAGAAUUCAUCUUCAUGAAGUUGACUGCCACUCGGUAGCCUUGUGUGUACCUUAAGGAAUGUGUCUCAUAUUUGAAGAAUGCAAACUGAUGAUGGAUUAACAUCAACUUUUACAAGUUUUAAGGUUUUUCAUGAAUUUUAAGUGAGAAAGAAUGGUAAAGACAUUAUUAUCAAAGCCAAAACACGCAUUACUCUUUUCCUGAAUGCUUACUGAAUGAGAUGCUUCUUCAUCUGUGCCUUUCUGACUGUGUUUUGUUUUUAUUGGGUGUGGUUUCUCAGUCUAGCAUGAGCUGGAGAGACAGAGAGACAGAGAAAUCCUAAAGGGUGCUAAAAAACAAAGACUGUUUUUGAUUAUUUAAGUGUUUAUAGCUGAGGUUUAAUACGUUAUUUUCAUACGCCACAUAAACAGCAGUUAAUAUAUUGUGUUUUUAUGUGUGCACUGAAUUGCACUGUAUUUAUUAUUAUACUCUGUUUGAGCUGUAGAAAGCGCAUUGUCUUGGCCUUGCUGGAUAUUUUAAUGGAGGAGAUUCUAUUUUUAUGGUUUUGCUGGAUCUGAGGUUCAUGGUUUCAAUUUUUUGCUGUCAAACAAGCCCAAAAGAGAUAAAUCUGCACAAAUUUCUCAUCAUCUCAGACCCUCAUUAUUUCAUCUUAUCUGGCAGCUUUCUAAAAUUAUUAUUACAACCAAACUGUUCAUCCAACAAUAACUGAGAUAAGUGAGAGCAACAAAAGAAGAGAUAAAAUAUUCGAGAUUUAUCUGUUAUGCCGUAUUUAUCUCCAGAUUCAUCUCCAUUAUCUCCAGCGAGAUUUAUAUUCAUGAACCACAAAAAAAAAAGAAACACAUAAAUACAGCAACUGGGAAGAGUAUGUAGGACAAAUACAUCAAAACCCAAAUUCAGAAAAAUAUUUUAUCUGUAUAUUAUUAUCUUUUAUUUGUAUUUUAAAAUGAAUUAUUAUUAUUAAUCCUGGUACUAAGAAAAUUUACUCUUCAGGAAGCCAGGUUUGCAUUUUGUUUUUAUGAUUUUUUUUCAUUAUUAUUCAAGGACGUGGGAAUAUUUAUAACAGACCAGCUUCAAGAGGAAUUUCUACAUAUGCAACUAAAAGUCAGUUUCAGGAUUUGUAAAAUGUGUACUAAAUAUAAUUCAGAGAACAAAGUAUUUGAACCUAAACUUAAUCUAACAUACAUCUCAUCCUAAAUUAAAUUUUAACCUGCGCAUCAACCUAAAACUAAUCUUAAUUUACACCUCAGCCUGAAACUAAUCUUAACCUAGACAUCAAUCUAAAAUAACCUACACCUCAGCCUGAAACUAAUCUUAACCUACACCUCAAACUAAACCUAAACUUAAUGUAACCUACACCUCAAUCUAAAAUUAAUCUUAAUCCACACCUCAACCUAAACGUAACCUACACCUCAAUCUAAACUUAAUCUUUACCUACCCCUCAAACUAAAACUAACCCUAACCUGCACCUCAACCUGAAACUAAUCUUAACCUACACCUCAAACUAAACCUAAACUUAAUGUAACCUACACCUCAACCUAAAACUAAUCUUAACCUAGACAUCAAUCUAAAAUAACCUACACCUCAGCCUGAAACUAAUCUUAACCUACACCUCAAACUAAACCUAAACUUAAUGUAACCUACACCUCAAUCUAAACUUAAUCUUUACCUACCCCUCAAACUAAAACUAACCCUAACCUGCACCUCAACCUGAAACUAAUCUUAACCUGCACCUCAGUCUAAACCAAUACUUAACCUACACAGAAACCUAAACUUAACCUACUUCUCAAUCUAAACCUAAUCUUAACCUGCACAUGAAUCUAAAAUUAAUCUUAACCUGCACCUCAACCUAAACUUAACUACACCCGAACCUAAACUUAACUACACCUCAACCUAAAACUAAUCUUAACCAGCAUCUUAACCCAAGCCUAAACUUAACCUGCUCCUCAAUCUAAACCUAAACUUAACCUACACAUCAGCCUAAAACUAAUCUUAACCUACUACACCUUAAACUAAAUGUAAACUCAACCUAAGCGUAACUAUAGUAAAAUUAAACCAUUCUGACAGUUUCUUCCCAUUAAAUCCUUUUGUGGAUGCCCCAUAAUGAAGAAAUGCAGCAUUAAUGUAGCUGUAGUAUCACUUUUUUUCUCAAUUCUUCUUCAAAUACAUGGCAGACAGGUUACAUUUUUGACAAAACAGCACCAAUUGUGUAUUGGAAUGUGAAUCAGAAAUGGUACUAAAUGCACUAUUAUUUUUGGGAAAUACUUUUAUGCACAUAUGUACAACUUUUAUUGUUUAUUACGUUUUUAAGCAAAAUAAUUCCUGAAUAAAUGUAUAUUCUUGUUGACAUUUUCAUUUUUUUCAUGGGAUUCUAACAGCAUAUGUCAAAUCUAAUGUUAAGGAGAAAUGAAGUAAGGAAAAGUAACUGAAAGUAGGAACUUAAAUACAGUCACAGCUUCAUCCUCAAGCUGGGUAAUUGUUUAAGAACAGAACAAGAAUAAAACAGCAUAGAAUUUCACCACAAAACCUCUGCUGACCCGGACUCAACCAAAACACUGCGUCUCCACGCCAGCCUUCAUGGUGGGGCUGCUGUCAUCUGGAACCCUCCUGCAGCCAGAGCCUUGUAACUUGGUCUAAUGAGAGUAAAAGUUGGACCACAGAGUCGUGGAAGAAAAGGAAUAUGGUGGGAUGACUCAUCUUUCGUUUUUGCAUGAAUGUUUUUCUUUUAAGGAACCAACACAAGCCUUUAACCCACAACCAUCCCAACUUUUCUCAUUUAAUACAGUGAUCCAGUGUCCUACUAUUUAUUAGAUCACAUUUAACAGCAUUAUGAGAAGAACUGAGGCAGCUUUGAAGACAAAAUGCAGCAGAGAAUUUUAAUAAUAAAUUGAUAUAGCCUGUUUAAAUGUGUAUGUAGACUUUACAAUUAAUUUUUUAGGCAUUUAGAAGGUUUAGAUAUUG